AUGGCCCAAACGCGGGCGGGGGGCGGGGGGAGGAGGGCCGCACCGCCCCACCCUCCUGCUCGUCACUCACGCGACCCGCCCAAUGGCGACGGUGGGGCGGGUCCUUGGGGCGGAGCCUUGGGCGCCGUGCGCCGCAGCUUGUGGCGUCAAAGCGCUCGCCGUGUCCAUGGAGAGAGGCUCAAGCGGCCGAGCUCCGGCCUGAGGCCCAGGGGCUCUGGGACGGCGAGGAUGUCGGCUUCGCUCGUCCGGGCCACUGUCCGGGCAGUGAGUAAGAGGAAGCUACAGCCCACCCGGGCUGCCCUCACGCUGACACCUUCUGCAGUAAACAAGAUAAAACAGCUUCUUAAAGAUAAGCCUGAAAACGUGGGUGUAAAAGUUGGUGUACGAACCAGGGGCUGUAAUGGUCUUUCUUAUACUCUGGAAUACACAAAGACAAAAGGAGAUUCUGAUGAAGAAGUUGUUCAAGAUGGAGUCAGAGUGUUCAUCGAAAAGAAAGCACAGCUAACACUUUUAGGAACAGAAAUGGACUAUGUUGAAGACAAAUUAUCCAGUGAGUUUGUGUUCAAUAACCCAAACAUCAAAGGAACAUGUGGCUGUGGAGAAAGCUUUAACAUUUGACUCCCUGACUGCUCUACUGUAAGUCCCAGGAAGGUGGAAGCCCUGGGACUUAAUGAAGAAUUCAUGUGGCUGUCACAUGCGUAAAGUUUAUAAUGUAUGGCUGCCUUUUAAGGAAAAUAAAGUGAUGCAUUUUGAAAAUGAAGCCAGUGUGUUAGAUUCCAGAAAAAGUGAUUUUUUUUUUUAAUUGUUUUGGAGGACAGAAACAGACACCAUUGCUCUUUGGGGGUCAUUUUUCGUAUUCUGCCCUUUACUUAACUCUCUGAUAUUCUUCCUGUCAGUGCCAGUUUAGUGAAUGUUGCUUUCCUGGAAGAAUUUUAGGAAAUUAUUUGAUUCUUACUAGGUAUGUACUUACUGGCUCUGAAUGGCUUGAAUGUGCAUCUUGCUAGAAGACUGGUGCGACAAGAUGGCACAUUGUCUUUUUACCCAAACGUAGCAUGGGCUUUCUAUGGUUUUUAAUCCAGAAUUUCAUUGUCAGACGCUUCAUUUGCUCAGCCUUUAGGAGUACCGCCAUUAGAUGAAAGUUUAGGAUACUAUCUUGGAAAUGUGGUGUGUCACAGAGCUGAGUGAAGGGAUCAGAGGUAAAUAUUUCACCCACCUGUUACUUAAUCCAUUUCUUUUGCCAUCCUGCAAUUCCACUCAGAGAUAGGAUCUUAAACUGACUUGGGUUCUUAUUAUGGGAAGGGCUAUUAAAGCCAUCUGUCCACCCUUCAGUUUUAUAUCUGGGGAGCCAAUACCUCAGGAAAGCUGAAGGGUUUUUGUCCACCCUCACCUUGCAGGCUUGGGGAGGGGCAGAGCUCAGAGCUGCACAUCUCCCUUCCUUGUGGGUGACAGGUGAGCUCAGAGGCAGUCAGGGGCAGUAAACCGGUGGUCUCACUUCCUCGUCCAGCCUGCUUUUUAGUAAGGUUUCUUUGUAAAUUAAGGGAGAUCAUAUUUAGUUUUGUUUAUUUUCAGUGAGAAUCUUACUUUAAAACCCAUUUAUGCAAACUACUGUCUUGUUUCUUUAAAACUAUGAAAGAGUAGUUUCUACUAGCAGGGAGGAAUUAGAGAAGAACCCAGAAUUACUCGUUUGGAAUAUAGUAGUAAUGGUAAAACAGAACAUGGGGGUCUUUUCUUAAAAAUUCCAAUGUUUGCACACUUUCUAAAUAUAAUCACUAAAAUUUUUAAUCCUAAUAUUUUAACUUGACAUUUUUUAUCACCAACUUUUCUUUAAUGAUAUUCAUUUUGUCAUUUAGUUACUGAUUUUCCUGGAUUUAACUAUUCUGUGAGAUGGCAUACAUGCUGUUUUGGAAGCUGAUUCUCAUGAAUUGAAGUAACUUGAAUUCCUUUGACAUAUUUACUUAAGUACCUGGCACAGAAUGCACCACAGCCUGAAGCAGUUGCUUUACAUAAAUGCUCCUGACUUUGUAUCAUUAACUUAAUUGUCAAUCCACUUAUAAUUUGUGCAAUACUGUAUGUGUGUAAAGACUUGAGUUGUCAAUAAAAAAAAUCCCUAUUUGUGAUC